AUGACACAAGUGAAAUUGAUUGGCGUUACACUGAGCCCUUUUAGUCGAAGAGUUGAGUGGGCUCUGAAAUUUAAGGGAGUUGAAUAUGAAUUUAUAGAAGAAAAUCUACAAAACAAGAGCCCUUUGCUUCUUGAAUCCAAUCCAAUUCACAAAAAAAUCCCAGUGCUAAUUCACAAUGGAAAGCCCAUUUGUGAGUCUAUGGUAAUUCUUGAAUAUAUCGACGAAACAUUUGAAGGUCCUUCCAUCUUACCUAAAGACCCUUAUGAUCGUGCAAUAGCUCGUUUUUGGGCUAAGUUUAUUGAUGAUACGUGUAUACCACUAUUGGGGAAAGUAUUGUUUGGCAAAGGUGAGGAGGCAGAAAAAUCCAAAGAAGAAUUUGGUGGACUAUUGAAGAUUCUUGAUAAUGAGUUAAAGGAUAAGAAGUUUUUUGUGGGUGACAAUUUUGGAUUUGCUGAUGUUGCUGCUAAUUUUAUGGCAUUUUGGUUUGGAAUUCUUGAAGAAGCCUCUGGAGUUGUUUUAGUAACAAGUGAAAAAUUUCCAAAUUUUUGUGGUUGGAGAGAUGAGUAUAUUAAUCGCAAUCAAGUCAAGGAAUAUUUACCUUCAAGAGAUGUGUUACUUGCCCAUUUCCAAUCUCGUUUCCAAUCUCCCAAAUGA